GGAAGGAGGAGAAGGAGACAAGGAGCUGGAUGGGAAUAUGGGAAUAUGGGAAUGGGGAUGGGGAUGGGAAUUGGGGAUGGUUUGGUGGUUGGGUUAGGGGUUGGUUGAUGGUUGGUGCUUGGUGCUUGGGGAAUAAUAAUAAAGAGACCCCCCCCCAAGUCAAAAGUUAACCAGCUCAACGGGAACUUCGCCAAACCUUGGUUCUGUCUCGUCCGCUCUUUCGCUUUCUUUCUCACCCUUUAUUAUUACAGCAUAAUACUCCGCGGCUACUGUUGCCGAGUGGCUCCAUCUGCGCAGUUCCCAGCAGCUGCAGUGUGAUGAGACUAGCUGGAUGAGGCUAGUGGUAUCACACUGCAGUUGCUGACUCAUUGGACCGGGUGAAGUAUAGACUCUCCCCGUCUCUCCGUCUCCAUUCCAUCCCGGUGAGUGCAGCCCUAGAGCUGUUGAGCUGUUGAGUUGAGCUACGCUGUAACUAGCUGGCUGCCUAGAUAGCUAUUAUUGUAUGUUCACUUAUAGCGGCUGUUAUUAAUAAUAGCUUCACAGGAGCUGAGACUUUAGGGGGGGGAAAAAAAAAAGGAAAAAAGAAAAAAAGAAAAAAACUACGCUGUACAGGGCCACAUUCACAUCAUGAAAUGCUAAAGGAGGGAGCUUGUAUACUUGCAUUCAUUUGUACUGUACAUAACUAUGGAUGCUGUGUCGCUGUCUGUGUGUCGGUGUGUACUCACUUACUUACAAGUUACGCUGCAUACUAUACUACUACUAUACUACUACUACAGCGUACUCGGUCUCUCUCAUCAGUCUCGCCCCACAAAAUACAAAAAAAUACCAUCGAAACCCACCCAACCCGGGCCCCGAAAAACCAAAAAACCAAAAAGGGCGCUAGACUAGCGUCUUGUGGGCUUGGGCUCCCUCCCUUCCUUCCCUCCCCUCCCUCCCACCCACCAACCAACCAACCAACCAGCUCCAGCUCCAGCUCCAGCUCCUCCUUCCUCCUUCCUCCUUCCUUCCUUCCUCCUCCUCCUCAACCUUGGAUCUUGCAUGGGUGAUUUGACUCCAGAACUAUUUGUGGUUCAAUUUUGCUGUUUAUGAUACCCCAACCAACCCUUCCUGAUAUCCAUACAUACAUCUGUCAUCCAUCGCUUUAAAAGGGUUACCCGUAGCGUAGCUAAUUGGCUUGUCUGCCCUCUGCGAAGCCCUAUAACAUAAACCCCCCCGCCUCUGUCUUCAAUACGGAGUACAUACAAUAAUAUCUAUAUGAACGACUCAGAAGACGACCCCGAAUUUUCGUAUUCUAUCUCCCCCGAAAAGACCAAACCUCUUCUACGAAACCAUGUCAGCCACUCUACCCGGAUCCCAGUCGCAAUCGCAGUUGCAGCAGUCCCGCGAUCAGUCACUGGACACUCUGACGGCCAUGGUCAACCAGACACUCAUCGAGACAGGCCGUUUCUUCCGGUCAUCGGGCUCCACCAUGCAAUCGCGCACGCAGCUCAAACGCACCCUGCCCCUCGCCCACGAACACUUCCAGCAGGCUUUGGAUGACUUGUCGGAGCAGAUUUAUAUCGCCAAAGCAUUCCUCGAGCGCGACUAUGACGCCGCCCUUCGACGCAAGUCUCUCCUGAGGCUGAAGAGUGGUGCGUUGGGAGAUGAGAAUAGUAAUAAUAAUGCUGCUGCUGCUGCUGCUGCUGCUGUGCAUGCGGCAAAGGAUGAGGGAAUGGCGAGUAAUGAUAUUGUGACGUCGCAGGCUCCGGCUUCUACUACUGCUACUGCUGCUGCCCCUUCGAAGCAGCAGGAACAGUCUUCUGCGGCUGUUCAAAUGCAGCCGCAAAAGCGAAAUCAAACUCAGAAUCAGCAACAAGUGUCGUCGAACGGGUCGAAGGCCGGGGCCCGUCUGGGGGAGCAGCCGUCGUCGUCUGCGUCUGCGCCACCACCUCUCCCCGCUACAACCACAGCCGCCCACCCCCACCCCCAUCCCGCCAUGGACUCAAUGACCUUCGACUCACUCUUCCCGCCCACUUCCACUCCCGCAGAUAACAAUAACAACAGCAAUGCCAAAAACAACCUCGACAUCCCCCUAUCCUUCACCGCCGACGACCUCACCACCAUCAACAAUAACGACGACGAAGCUGAGAACCAGGCUUUUCUGGGGCUUGGUACCAACAACAACAACAACACUAACAAUACCGAUAAUGAUAAUAAUAAUCACCCCAACCCGAACCCAGACCCGAACCCCAAUUCCAGCACUACUCCUAAGAAUAACAAUAAUAAUAAUAAUAAUACUCCACCCCCCAGCAACCCCCUCUUGUCCCUCUUACCCGGCCUAGAAAGCUACGCCAGCGCCGUCUCGGUAGAUGAGUUUGGUUUUGAGGGGUUGGGCGGUGGCGUUGGCGUUGGCGCCGCUGAUACCGCUGGUGCGGGUGCCUUACACCAACACCACCAGACGCAAAAUCAGAACCAGGACAUCGACAAUAACACCUUCUUCAUGAACAUGAACAUGGGCAUGGGCAUGGGCAUGGGCAUGGGUAUGGGUAUGGGUAUGGGCAUGAAUAUGGGCAUGAAUAUGCCGCAUGCGGGUUCAACAGCAGCAGGAGGAGGAGGAGGGAUGGACAUCAACAUGGACGACCUGCCGCCGCCGACACACGCGGAGGGAGCGAGUUUUGAUGAUUUGUUUGUGGGUGGUGGAGAUGGGGGUAGGGAUGGGGGCGGCGGCGGCGACGGCGGCGGGGGUGGACAUGCGGGCGACUUUUUGGGGGAUGUGGAGAUUGGGGAGUUGGAUGAUUCGUGGUUGAAGUGAUGGUGUCUAUGGUGGGAUAUAUGAUAUGGGUAUGGUAGUCUUUGGAGGCACGGUGCUGGUGUGGGGUUUGUAUGGGGAUGGAGGAUGGGGGAGGGGAGAGAAAAACAGGGGCUUAUAUAUAUAUAUAUGUGUGUGUGUGUGUGUGAGUGUAUAUAUAUACCCGAUGCAUGGAAAUGACAAAAAGAAAACAAUGAGAUCUAUUUUCACAACUCCUUGUCAUUAUUUCAUAUUAUGUUUCAUAUAGUUGCAAUCCCAUAAUUUGUCAAAUUAAAUAUAAAAUAAAAUAAAACUAACCCACAACAACAAC